UGGAAACGUAUCUUACAUCAAUCUGAAAGGAGAAAAGUCAAUUUUAAAUAAUGCCGGUGAUAAUACCGUAAUUGUUGAAGGUAGCUUACUCCUAAUACACCUUAAUGAAUUUACUGCGAAUUUUAAAUUUCUUCUAUGGGAAUGUUACUGUGGAAGCUUAUUGUUAUAUGACAAAGAUGAUGAAACAACUGUUGACGCAAUUAGUAGUAACGAAAUACCAAAUAAAG